AUGAAAACAUUGGCCCCCAAAAUUCCUGAGCAGAGGUCAGUGCAAUAAGUGUGUGUAGUGUGUGAAAACUGCGGUGAGAAAAUGGCCGUACCUUUCGCCACCACCCCAUCACGCAUGAAGGACUGCAUCCUCCUCCUCUCCGCCCUACUCUCCGUCUCCCUCCUCUACUUCCAGCACCUCCGCCUCAACCUCCGCCCACCCACCACCUUUUUGUCCGCCGUUGAAUCCCCUUCUCCGUUGCCGCCACCGCUGUCCCUCGACCGCGUCCUCUUUUCCGUCGCCGCUUCCUCUUCUUCCCUCCGCUCCCGCGCCACUUAUAUUCGACUCUGGCACGGUCCCAUUUCUCAUCUCAACACCACUUUCCUAUUCCUAGACCGUCCCCCAUCCUACCCCACCCCCUCUCUCCCUCCGAUCAUCGUCCCGCCCAACACCUCGUCCCUCUCCCCCGGCCACCGCAUCGCCCGUGUCGUCAAAGAUGCUCUUGCCCUUAAUGUUCCUGGCAUUUAUUGGUACGUUUUCGGCGAUGAUGACACCUUGUUUUUCACUGAGAACUUAGUGAGAAUUUUGUCCAAGUACGAUAACAAUAAGUGGUACUAUAUCGGGUGUAAUUCCGAGAGUUAUGAACAGAAUGAAAAAUUUUAUUUUGAUAUGGCUUUUGGGGGCGGUGGUUACGCGAUUAGUGCGCCUUUGGCCAGGGUUUUGGCUCGGGUUCUUGAUUCUUGCCUCGAUAGGUAUCGUCAUUUGUACGGAAGUGAUGCUCGGAUUUUCGCUUGUUUAGCUGAGCUCGGCGUCCGGUUGACAGUCGAACCAGGAUUCCAUCAGGUUGAUGUUCGAGGAAAUUUAUUUGGUUUGCUUUCUGCGCAUCAAUUAUCACUUGCGGCAUCACUCCAUCACAUAGAUGCUGUCGAUCCAAUCUUUCCUGGUGUGAGCAGGAUUCAUGCUUUGGAACAUCUUUUCAAUGCUGUCCGUGUCAAUCCUGCUAGGAUUUUUCAGCAGACUGUUUGCUAUGACCACACCAAUUCAUUGACGGUUUCAGUUUCAUGGGGCUUUGCUGUUCAAGUGUUUGAAGGAAAUCAGUUUCUUCCUGAAGUUCUCUCGUUACAGAGGACCUUUAGGCCAUGGAAGAGAGGAAGAGAUGUGGCUUCAAGCCGUUAUAUGUUUAACACAAGAGAGUAUCCCAGUGAUCCAUGUAAAAGACCUCUUGUCUUCUUUAUGCAUACUGUCGUUGCAGAUACAACUGGGGUCUGGACCAAUUACACAAGGCAUAGUGCUCGAAAUUGUUCUAGAACAAAAGCUAUCGAGAAAUUGAAAGCAGUUAGUGUUUAUUCUCUUAAUCUGGAUUUCGGUAUUGAACAGGCACCUCGUCGCCAGUGCUGUGAUAUUUCAUCAGUUUCUGAUGGAACAAUGACUAUCCAAAUAAGAAAAUGCGGGAUUUAUGAGCUGAUUGCCAUGCGUGGAUAAAGAAUGAGUGAAAUAUUUUAUGGAAACUCAUUAUUAUAUGGAGACUCUAAAUCAGAUUUAUGUAUUGGCAGUUUGGAUGAUUUUAUACAAGCAAUUUUACAAGCAAGCAUACAGUCUUACCAAGUACAUGAGUGGUGCUGCAUGUUCAUGAACUUGCUCCAUUAAGUUCUAGAUUCUUGCAGUUAAUCAACGGAGUAUAUAGUUCUCCAGAUUGUCAUUGAAGCUGGUUGGCUCUUUGUUUUUCUGGAUGGAAACCAAGCUGUUCAAGCUGCAGAAAUUGGACGAACCUGUGUUGCAAGUUCUUCAGUGGAGCUGGCAUAAUAUCUGGAGACAUUAUAAAGAAGUCAUUGGAUUAUCGUCAAUGAAACACAUUGCCUGAGAGUUUUGGCUUCUUAUCCUUGUCCUUUUUCUAUUGUUUAAACACAAGAAGACAGGAAGCUAAGAUGCAAGAGAGAGAUUAUUGUCUGUGGCUGAAUCAUUCUUAUGAUGAAUCUGCAUCCAAGAACCAGAAGAUCUGAUAGUGCAGAACAUGAAAUUGUUUGCAUUCAUUUCAAGACCGUAAACUCCUGAAAUUGGUCAGCAGGCAAGAAGGCCAGUGGUGAACUAAUAUCAGCACAGGGAAACUACUGAAUAUUCUUUUGAUGAGUGCAAAAUUGUUAGAUUAUUUAUACCUCUUUUCCUAAUGCUUCUUCAUGUACCUUUACAAUUUGUUCUUGCAGUUGACCUGAUGUUCUUUCCUUAAUGUACAGCAUUCUCAUGAGUUAUCACUGAGGUAAUUUCUUUACGUUUUCCCGAAUCCCAGAAUGUAUACAUACAGAAACGUUUAUUCUCU